AUGGCUCGAAGAGAUGAACACCAAUAUGAAAUUCAUUAUGCAACACUUGUACAAACGAAUCUUCCGGAUAUUAAUGGUAAUGAUGUGAAAAUCUCUCCUGCUGAUCGGAGACGAAGUAUCGAGCUCGAACGAGCCAAAGCGCUUUAUGUCGACUUCGAAAAUGCAUUUCAAGAUAAUAAAUUAAAUUACGAUUAUUUUGGUUGUCAAUCUUCUCUGGAAAAUUCUCAUGAUCCAGCGAAUUUUUAUCUUCAAUCUGUUGAAACAAUAUCUGAAAUCAAGAAUACGAAUAUUUCACCCUAUAUUCGUCGGCAUACUUCACGUGAGAAUAGUCGUCCGUCAACACCGUUGGAUACCUUACCUUAUCAACUCCAAUUGUAUCAAAAUCCUCAACAACUUCCGCCUCCGAUUUUACCUCCAACUUCUAAUCAUCAUCAUCGUCAUCAUACACCAACUACAAACAGUACAACGAAUCUUCACGACGAUUUCAAUGAUUUAAAUCUUCUCCAACAGAGUCCUGUUAAUGAUUUACCAGCUCCUUUCACUCCCGAUGCAAUUCAGAUCAAAAUCAAGCAACACGAACUUAUCCAAGCAUCUCUUCUCUCAUCUCAAUUUAAACUCAUCCUACCACAAUACUUUCUUGUCAAAUAUUUGGGUCGAAAACCAUGCACGCAACUGUGGGGCUCGAAAGCCGUACGAACUCCAAUCGAUGACAUGGUGCAAAGCGCUCGACAAAUGUCAUCUAUGAAUGAAAUGCCCACACUCGAAGCGUGUAUCAACACGCGUGGACUAACGUUAGCUCAUCGUCAUGCAUCAACACAUUCGAAACAUCCUUCACGUGCUUUCAGUCCUGAACGUCACCAGCAUGGCCUCAUCCCGUUAGAACAUAUCUCUUAUGUUAUGCAUGACGUGAAAUAUUCGAAGAUUUCCGCGUGUAUCGUCCUACGGCAAUCGAAAAGCUUGCCACCAUCAUCAUCCGAUCAAGUGAUUGUGAAUGAAACUGUCACAGAAUGUUAUGCGUUUCUAUUUCAAUCGAAGGAUCAUGCACAUCGAUUCGCUCUUUCACUUGCCGAAGCAUUCAAUGCUCAAAAACAUUCAUCGAAAACUCCGAAAACUAAUCACGAUGAUAAAAGAGCGGAACGUUCGCCGCAGCGCCGAUCAAAACAUCGAACUACUACAACGACUACUCACCAUCAGCAUCAUCAUCAUCAUCAUAACGAGAAAACCCGAAGUCGAUAUGAUGAUACUUAUUUACGAGAUUCUGAAGUGUGA